CAGCCCCCGCCCAGCCCCGGAGCCUGGCCACCAGAGAGGAUGGCGGCCGCCAGCAGCAGGUUUCCUCGAGCCGCCUUGUUACUCAUCUGCUGGGUGAGCAUCGGCUCUCCAGUAUGCGUGGAAGUCCCGUCUGAGACGGAAGCUGUGCAGGGCACUCACAUGAAACUCCUGUGUAUCUCUUGCAUGAAGAGAGAAGAGGUGAUGGCCACCACCGUUGUCGAGUGGUUCUACAGACCUGAUGGUGGUAAAGACUUCCUGAUUUACGAGUACCGAAAUGGCCACCAGGAGGUAGAGAGCCCCUUCCAGAGCCGGCUCCAGUGGAAUGGGAGCAAAGACCUGCAGGAUGUCUCUAUCACCGUGCUCAAUGUCACACUCAAUGACUCUGGGGUCUACACCUGCAAUGUCUCCCGGGAGUUUGAAUUUGAGGAGCACCGCCCUUUUGUGAAAACCACCCGGCUCAUCCACCUCCGGGUUACAGAGGAGGCUGGAGAAGACUUCACAUCUGUGGUCUCAGAGAUCAUGAUGUACAUCCUGCUGGUCUUCCUCACUUUGUGGCUGCUCAUCGAGAUGGUCUACUGCUACAGGAAGGUGUCCAAGGCAGAGGAAGCUGCUCAGGAGACUGCGUCUGACUACCUCGCCAUCCCAUCAGAGAACAAGGAGAACUGCGUGGUGCCGGUGGAGGAGUAGGUGGCAGGCAUGAUGAACUCCUCUGGACCCAGGGCAUGGACAGGCCAGCCGCCUCUGGGCAACACUGCAACUGAAGAAGGGAAUCCAGGCAGGGAAAUGAAACCUCUUCUCCAGGGACUGGACACACAGUUUGCUGGCCACUACCACCUCCUAGGUCGGUGCUCCCCUAGGUGUGUUUUGCCACAAGAUGUCCUACCCCGGGUACCAGGUUCUGCAUUCAGCUCUCCUCCAUCUGCAUCUCUGUGCUGCCAAGACCAGCGGCCCCCCCCACCCCAAGCCCCAUCUCCCAUCACGGCUCUGCAGAUGCUGGUAACAUAUCACCCCCUUCCUACCCCAGCCGCCCCCCUCAACACCUGAAGGGGCUGCUCCCAGCAGAACUGGACAGAGUUGGCAUCUGACAACUUCUCGGAAGAAGGCUCUUCUCCCUGGGUUAGACUAAGCUUUGGUUAAUUUUCCAUGGGCUUUCCUAGCAGGGUAGGUCCUCACUCGCUGAGUCAGCCCCCUAGGGAGGCAGAGUCCCUGGGAAGUUGUAGCCGGAAGUGCUGGAAAUUAGCAGGACCAUUGGAGGCAGUUGGAGCCACAUCCCCUGAACCACCAUGAUCUCCGCAGAAGCAGGUCUUCCUGGCCGGGCUGCUUCCUGGCUUUGUUGUCCAUGGCCUCUGCUCCUGCCCCACCUUGGAUUUACUGGCCAAGAAUGAAUGGGUUGGGCUGAGGGCUGUGUUUCGGGGUAGGGAUUGGGUGGUUGGGAAUCUAUUUAAGGGGCAUCAGGGUAAGACCUCCGGAUCCCCAAUUUGGUCAAGUUGACCAUAUCCAUUAAUCAUCUGUCUCUGGUCCAGUGAGAACAGAAUCCUUUUCCUUA